AUGGGCAAUUCACGAGUGCUCCUCGUGGGCGGUGGUGGCAUCGGCACAAUAGCCGCGCUCAACCUCGAGCGAGGAGGCUUGGCGGAAGUCACUACCGUACUCCGUUCCAAUUUUGAACACGUGAGUCGCAAAGGGUUCUCGAUAAAGUCAUGCGAUCAUGGCAACUUGGAGAAUUGGCGGCCUACCCAAGUCCUAAACUCUGUCCCGAGCAUCUCGGACACGAGCCCUGCUGGAAGAUACGAUUACAUCAUCUGCUGCACCAAGAACGUCCCCGAUGCCGGCCCGAAACUUCCUGACAUCAUCGCUCCCGCCGUGUCUCCUGGUCACACCGUCAUCGUCUUGAUCCAGAACGGCCUCAACAUCCAGCUGCCCUUCUUCAGCCGGUUUCCCUCAAACACUGUUCUCUCGGGCGUAAGUCGCAUCGACGCCCAUGAAGUUUCUACAGGCGUCGUCGAACAGAAACAGCACGACCUGCUUCACGUCGGUGCUUUCCAAAACCCCAAACUUGACAGAGAGGAGCAGCACCGAACCGCGCAGCGCUUUGUGGGGAUCUACAGUUCGGGAGGCAAAACCACAUGUCUAUAUAAGCCGGAUGUUGAGUUCGAUCGGUGGAGUAAGCUGGUGUACAACGCCUCGUUCAACCCGAUUUGUGCUCUGACAGGCUUGAAUGCCAGCGAGCUGCAAAUGACAGGCAGGACGAUGGAUACGAUGGUCGUUCCGGCUAUGAGGGAAGUUCUCGCCGUGGCAGCAGCGGCAGGCCACGAUAUCUCCGAAGAUAUCAUAGAGAAGACUAUCAAGCUCAAUCCCAUCGAGGAGAAUAUCAAGCCCAGUAUGCAAGUCGACUUUGAGAAGGGAAACCUGAUUGAGCAUGAGAAUAUCCUUGGCGAGGUCGUCCGAGAAGGACAGAGACACAAAGUGCCUACGCCCAUCUUGAACGUCUUAUACGAGAUAUGUUGCGCGCACCAGUGGAGGUUCAAGAAGAGUAGGGGUCUGGUAUGA